UGUAACGUGCGACCGGCGCCAUCGGUGGACACGUGAGUCAGUCAGUCACUUGUUAGCUUUUGUUUGUUGUGGCACUCGUUUCGAUGUUCUUAAGGUAGGCAGCGCGUGCCUAUCAAUUACGUUCGAAAAGUGCGCGAGUUUUCGUCGCCGCUAUGGACGAAGGGACCCUUUCGCCCUUAGCCGCUCCGUACAUUCUCAACGUAAAUGAGCAAGGCGAUGAGGGAUACGCCGGAGAGUCCCGCGGCCAAGUGCUGCAACGACAGUGGGUAACGUUGACAGCUAGCAUGUGGCCAGAGCCCACUGCCUCGCCGAGGGGCUGGAGACUAUCGAGCGAUCGACUGCCUUUGUUUGUUGCCGUUUUUUGUGGGGCCGCCCUCGUGGUGUGCCUACUCUUUGCCUUCAUCAUUUACCGUUGUUGUAUUAUGCCUAAGCGGGAUAAGCAUUACUGUCUGCGCAAAGCGGACGGAGGACCGCCCACAACACAAGUGCCUCAGGGCGCUCCUCCUGCUUAUCCCAGCCAGACAGCCGUAUACGCCGAAGCUAAGGGUUGCUCGUGGGGCUACAAUAAUCGCCUGGUGACGCAGAAUCCUAGUCAAGGAGGCCAAUGGGUUUACGGCAGUAGAGGAAUUGGGGGACCACAGUGUACGCAGUGUCCGGGAAUCUGCCCGGUGCCUCGCAGUAGCAGCAAUCCCGGUCCGAAUACGGAGCAAAACCAAACGCACGCGCUCCGAAAGCAGCGGCCGGUCAGUCAGCCGAUACGAUUCGGUCCGUGCGAUAUUACGGGAAACGGGGAACUUGCUCACACCAAGCACGCCCCGAUGCCGGAAAUAUCGGAAUUUUCGCCGCAAGCUACUCAGUAUGCUUCUAGCAGUAUUUUAGACGAUGUAAAUGGAAAGGAGGAAGGCGCAAGCGCUCUAAAAACCAGAAGUCUUCCAGCUUGGGUCAGAUCGAAACCCAGGCCGCUAUCGACAGAGGACGACCUCGACGAUCUGUACGCGAAGGUCAACUUCAGUAAAAAGCGGAAAAACCGCAUGAGAAACGACGAGGCGGCGAUAAUCGCCCUUAGCAAAUCGAGAAGUCAAUUUUUGCACAAAGAUACGGAUUCGCUCGUCGACAACGAGGCGGUUAUCGUCUACGACGAACGUACCGCUUUAUAAGGAAAUUCUUAUUUUUAGCGAUUUGAUACUUCAUCACAUAUCCCCGUUAUACAUUUCCUAAUGUACUUACGCUAAGUCUCCCAAAAUUGUGACUAGUACUACGUAUCGAUAUCCAAACAUUUGUUCUGUGAUAAUUUUAUUAAUUAGGUAUACACUUUUUAUUAUAUAAUUUAUUAAAUGACGUAGUUGGGUGUGCAUGCGUUAGAGUGAGCUGCUGAAUAAAUUAUUUAUAAUAAU